AUGAAGCCGCCAGUGUUUCAUUCACCUGUCGAAAGCUUCUCUGUAAGUAUCCCAGAGCCCGGUUUGACAAGUGCCAUUCAAAAUAUUUCAAUUGCAGAAGAAUUUCCCUCUUCCAAAGUCCAAAGAAUUAAGCUUGUCUUAAACUCUUUGAAGGAAAGGAUACACAUUAAAACAAGCUCAAUGAAAAGCACUUUCAAUCUCAUUACAGAGAACUUGUCUUUUGUUUCUGAAAGAGAGUAUAAUCCUCCAAAUUAUAAUUCAUGGAAAUUGAAUAUCAAAGAACUUUUUUCACCUCCACUUGAUCGACUUACCCCUUUAAAAGAGGGAAUACAUUCAACUCUGUGGAAUAACGAAAAUCUCAAACUUGACUCAAUCAAGAAUCAAUUGUUAGAUAACCAUCUAGCUGAACCUAUGGCAAAUUCAAAGUAUUAUUCAAAUUUAUUAGAUGAAAAACGAAGUUUACGUUUUGAUUCAAAGGAUCUUCAUCAAAUAGAGGGAAAAGCCAGUCCGUACUUUGCCAAAAUCGAAAGCUUAAAAUCUACCAAAAAAGAAAUCAGUGACUGCUUUGAAAAUGAUGCUAUUCAGGUGUUUAUAACCCAGCAAGAAGUUCCACUUAAUUUAAAUUUUGUCCUCAUUCAGAUGUUAGAAGAUUUUCAAAGCAUUUACCUUGCUGUUAACUUUGCAAGGACUAUCAUGCUCAAUUUCCAAACCAAAUGGGACAGUACUUCAUUAAACACGCUCAUUUUAGAGACUCUAUAUAAAGAAAUCAUCAAUUUUACUUCGGAUUUAGCCUUGAUUUACGACUUUUUCCAUAAAUCAAGAGAUAAUUUUUAUAGGCUGCCUUGGAUAACACAAGGCAAGCUGUUUUUGGAAAAUAUAGAAGAGUUCUUGGGAUUGAUGAAUCUAUACCUUAUUUAUAUUCAAGGAAACUUAUCUAAACUACUAAAUUAUGAUACUUAUGAAAAUACUCAAUUGGAAGAAGUGAAAGGGAUCAUAGACACCAAAGUAACCCAAUUUGUUGAUACUUCUAAUGACCUCGAAGAGUUGUUGGUUAGCUUUUUCAAAUACUUCGAAAGACUUCCAUCAAGUCAAACUUGA